AGCAGAACCCAGGAAGUGUGCGGCUAGCUGUUUUCGCGAAACAGCACUUUGUUUUCGUCCCGAUUGAAUUGUGAGCCGUCUUCUUUUUUUUACACUUACGUUUCACGGGGCCGAAAUGGCGACGUUUAUCUCGGUGCCGUUGAAGAAGUCUUCUGAAGUUGACCUGGUCAAACCGCUGUCGAAAUUCGUCACGAUGAAUUACCCAGCUGGCGAGGAACAAACGGAGUACAUUCGGGCUUUGGAGGAGUUGAACAAGCUCCGCAAGAACGCACUCGGGAGGCCGCUCGACAAACACGACAGCUCCCUGGAGAUCCUGCUGAGGUACUUCGACCAGCUGUCUGCUGUAGAACCCAAGUUCCCCUUCUCUGAAAACCAGCUCUGCUUAACAUUCACAUGGAAAGAUGCCUUCGAUAGAGGCUCUCUGUUUGGAGGAUCUGUCAAGCUUGCCCUCGCCAGUCUGGGCUACGAGAAAACCUGUGUGUUGUUCAAUGCUGCUGCGCUCGCCAGUCAGAUCGCAUCCGAACAGAACCUAGACAGUGACGAAGGCCUGAGGGCUGCUGCUAAAUACUACCAGCUGGCCAGCGGGGCGCUCCUCCACAUCAAGGACACAGUGCUGUCGGCGCUCAACAGGGAGCCCACCAUGGACAUCUCCCCGGAGACCGUUGGGGCCUUGCACCACAUCAUGCUGGCCCAGGCCCAAGAGGUCUUCUUCCUCAAAGCCACCUCUGAUAAAAUGAAAGAUGCCAUCAUUGCAAAACUGGCCAAUCAGGCGGCUGAUUUCUACGGCGACGCCUUCAAACAAUGCCAGUACAAGGAGAACCUUCCGAAGUAUUUUUACUUUCAGGAAGUGUUGCCGGUGCUGGCAGCCAAGCACUGCAUCAUGCAGGCCAACGCAGAGCUGCACCAGAGCAUCCUGGCCAAGCAGAACAAGCACUUUGGGGAGGAGAUCGCUCGUCUGCAGCACGCCGCGGAGCUGGUGAAGACGGUGGCGUCGCGCUACGACGAGUACGUCAGCGUCAAGGACCUGAGCGACAAGAUCAACCGGGCACUGGCCAACGCCAAGAAGGACAACGACUUCAUCUACCACGACCGCGUGCCCGAGGUCAAGGAUCUUGCCAACAUCGGCAAGGCCGCGCUGGCCAAGGCCACCGCCAUCUCACCCCCCCUCAGCCAGAAGUUCACCGACCUGUUUGAGAAGAUGGUCCCGAUGGCCGUGCAGCAGGCCAUGGGCGUGUACAACCAGAGGAAGGCUGAGACCGUCAACAGGCUAGUGGGCACCAUGCGGGAAGCCACCAACCUCUGCAAUGGCGUGUUGGCCUCCCUCAACCUGCCUGCCGCCCUGGAGGACCUGUCAGGGGACACUAUCCCACAAUCCAUCGCAGAGAAGUCCAGGGCUGUGGUGAGCAAGGGGGGUCUGCAGAGCAUCGAGCAGCUGAUCCGGGACCUGCCCGACCUCAUGACCCGCAACAGAGAGAUCCUGGAUGAGUCUCUCAAGAUGCUGGAUGAUGAGGAGACAACAGACAACGAGUUGAGGUCAAAGUUCAACCAACGCUGGAACAGAACUCCUUCUGGAGACCUUUACAAGCCCCUCCGUACAGAGGGCGCUAACUUCCGCAGCAAGCUGGACGUGGCCACGCACGCGGACGGAGUGGUGCGGGAGCGCUUCAACACCAACUGUGAAAUGAUCACACUGCUCUGCAAGUCGGAGGGCGAGCUCAACGCCGCCAUCCCCUCGGCCAACCCCGCCAAGACCCUGCAGGGCAGCGAGGUGGUGAACGUGCUGCGCUCCCUGCUGACCCAGCUGGACGAGGUGAAGAGGGAGAGGGAGGGCCUGGAGGGGGAGAUCAAGGCGGCCACCUUCGACAUGACCGCCAACUUCCUGGCGGCCAUGGAGCAGGACAGAUCCAUCAACGAGGAGGCGCUGUCCCUGUCCCAGCUGGACCAGCAAUACGGCCAGUACAACCAGAAGGUCCAGGCCACCCUGCGCACGCAGGAGGAGCUGCUGGGGAAAGUGCAGACAGCCCACCAGGAGUUCAGCGGCCUGAAGCAGUCCAACUCAGAGGCCAACAGCCGGGAGGAGGUGCUGAAGAAGCUGGCCUCCGCCCACGACAGCUACGUUGAGAUCACCAACAACCUGAGCGAAGGCACCAAGUUCUACAACAGCCUGACGGAGAUCCUGCUCAAGUUCCAGAACAAGUGCAGUGACAUCGUCUUCGCCCGCAAGACGGAGCGCGACGAGCUGCUCAAGGAGCUGCAGCAGAGCAUCGCGCGAGAGCCCAGCGCGCCCUCCUUCAACGCCCCCGCCUACCAGAGCAACCUGGCCGCCAGCGCCGCCGCCCCGGGCCCCGGGGCCGCCAACCCCACCCCCGCGCCCAGGACCGUCUUUGUGAGUGGCCAGGCCCAGCAGCAGACGCCCCAGCAGCCCCAGCCGACCCAGGCCAAGGUCCUGCAGCCCCCGGCCAGACCCCCUCCUCCCAGCUUCACCCCACAGGGGCCCACCUUCAACACCGGCCCCGUGCCCCCCGCUGCCGCCGCGCCGCCAGGGGGCAACCCUCCGCCCAUGGCCCCGCCCGGCCAGGCCCAGGGCCCGCCCUACCCCUCCUACCAGGGCUACCCGGGGUACUACCAGAUGCCCAUGAACUACAACCCCUACCCCAUGGGCUACAACAUGCCCUACAUGCCCUACCAGGCCCAGCCAGGACAGCCGGGCUACCCCGGGGCCCCGCCCGCCGGACAGCCCUACCCAGGAUACCCCCAGCAGCCCCCCCAGCAACAGCCCUACUACCCACAGCAAUAACUACCCCCCCCCUCC